AUGUACUAUAUGAUAGCUUCUGAAACUCAAAAGUAGACAUUUUUACCAUAUUAAUAUUGGCCAGUGGGCUGUGGAAAUUUAAAGUAUCGAGUAUUUCUUACUGGAGGGUAGAGAUUACCUAAUUGCAUUAAUUUCAAUGGUUUAAAUAGAUUAAUUACAGUGGAUUGUAUAGACUCUAAACUAGGCGGUAGUUAAUAUAAUCUUAGCAUUCAAGCCUUCAUUACUGACAAGUAUGGCUCUGAAAGAGUUAGUUCAGUUAUCAGUUAGAUUAAAAUAUUUUUAAUUUCUGAUGCUUUCAAGAUUAAUACUACAGCUCCAAUGUUUAAACAACCACCUGCAGAUCAAACAAUUAUAGAAGGAUAGCUAUUUUCGUUCAAACUUCCAGAUAUUAUAGAUAAUGAUGGUUCAGGGGAAUGA